AUGGCAGCUCACACCACCUUUGUUGUAGUCUUUGCAAUCCUAUUUACCUUUUCCACUGCUGCUUCUGCUUUCAGGGCAACAGUCACCAUUGAAGAAAACAGCCAAGAGAAAUCAAGAGGCCGUGGACAGUGCCAGGAGAAGAUUCAAAUGCAGGACUUGAGCCACUGUGAGGAGUUUAUGAAGCAAAGGAUGAGCCGAUCACUCAUUGUGUUACCUGGAAGCAACCAGGAGGAUCACAGGUCGAUGUGCUGCAAUCAGCUAAGAGAGUUGGGUGAUGAGUGCAUGUGUGAUGGGUUGGAGAAAGUAGUCCAUGAGGCAAUGCAGGGAGUGGAACAAGAAGAAGAGGAGAAGCAGAAGAUGAUGAAGAAAGCAAUGAAUUUGCAGACCUACUGUCGAUUCCCGAGGCGCUGCGAUAUCCAAUCACCUUCAAUCUGGUUCUAG